ACAAAAACCCACCCCAACCCAAAUAUCAGUACUAUAGAAAUUCACUUUCUCUCUGUCUAAAUAUAUAUCUGCAAAAACCAAAACUAAUAAUCUCAUAAUAAUCAAUCUAAGUAGUACUGUUAAUAUAAUAAUAUAUAGAAAUGGCUCGUACUCCUAUUUUUUCUAAAAUCGGGAUAAUAGGAGCUGGGGUUAGUGGUAUAGCUGCAGCCAAACAGCUGAGACACCAUGAUCCCAUAGUAUUUGAAGGGAGUGAGACGAUUGGAGGGGUGUGGAGCCAUUGCUCAUACAGGUCCACUAAGCUCCAAUCGGCUCGCCUAGACUAUGAGUUUACGGAUUUCCCAUGGCCUGGUGCAGAGAGAGAGGAGUCUAGCUUUCCUUCCCACCUUGAGGUGUUGGACUACCUCAACUCCUACGCUCGUCACUUUGACAUCCUCAAAUGCGUAAGGUUCAAUUCUAAGGUGGUGGGGCUCCGCUACCUUGCCGGAAAAACUAGUGAAGAACCCGCCGAUCUCCGCGCUACACCACCGGAAGAAUACGGCAGCCUCCUCUCGGGUCACCCCGUUUGGGAAGUUGCUGUCCAGACCAACAAUUCGGACGAUAUUCAGCUGUACAAUUUCGAGUUUGUGGUGGUGUGCAUUGGAAGGUACGGAGAUGUAGCGAGAAUGCCAGAGUUUCCAGAGAAGAAGGGACCUGAGAUAUUUGGAGGAAAAGUUUUGCAUACAAUUGAUUACUGCAAACUUGACAAAGAUGCCACUUCUGAUCUCAUUAAGGAUAAGAAAGUUUCUGUUAUUGGCUUUAAGAAAUCUGCUAUCGACUUGGCUUUGGAAUGUGCUCUACAAAACCAAGGACCAGAAGGGAAACCAUGUACAAUGGUAGUAAGGACUCUGCAUUGGACAGUUCCCCAUUACUGGAUUUGGGGUUUACCAUUUUUCCUUUUUUAUUCCACAAGGUCUGCACAGUUUCUCCAUGAAAGGCCCAACCAGAGCAUUUUGAGGGUCCUCCUUUGCUCUCUUUUCUCUCCAUUAAUGAGGCAAGCAGUUUCAAAGUUCAUAGAAUCUUAUCUGCUAAAGAAGCUUCCUUUGGAGAAGUAUGGACUAAAACCAGAACACCCUUUUGUGGAAGACUAUGCAUCUUGCCAGAUGGCUCUUAUGCCAGAAAAAUUCUUCCCAGAAGCUGAUAAGGGAAAAAUUGUGUUUAAAAAAGCAUCAAAUUGGUGGUUCUGGGAGAAAGGAAUCGAGUUUGAAGACAAGUCGAAAAUUGAAGCUGAUGUUGUAGUCCUUGCAACUGGCUAUGAUGGAAAGAAAAAGCUUAAAGCUAUCAUACCAGAGCCAUUCCGCAGCUUAUUGGACUACCCAUCUGGUCUUAUACCACUAUACAGGGGUACAAUCCAUCCUUUGAUCCCAAACAUGGGAUUUGUAGGCUAUGUCGAAAGUAUUUCGAAUCUGCAUUCAUCUGAAUUGCGUUCGAUAUGGCUAUCUCGAUUGGUGGACAAGAAGUUUAAGCUCCCAGCAGUGUCAACAAUGCUUGAAAGAACACUUAAGGAGGUGGAAGUUAUGAAGAGAACAACAAGGUUUUACAAGAGGAACUGUAUUUCUACUUACAGUAUCAAUCACAGUGAUGAAAUAUGUGAGGAAAUGGGGUGGAAUGCUUGGAGGAAAAAGACUUGGUUAUCUGAAGCAUUUAGCCCAUAUCGCAGUCAAGACUAUUUUAACUGAUAAGAUUGAAAUUAAGUUACCAUACCAUAAAAUGCAGUCAAAAAGUUUCUGCAGCAUUUAGUUUCUAAGUAUUAAGCUAAGCUUACUAUGUACUAUGAGAUGAGUCUAAGAGUAGAGGAAGAAAAGAAGAGAAAAAAAUAAAUUUUAGGGAAAGUAAAUGCAUAUAUAGUGUAUCCAGCCAAAUUAAUGAUAUUAUCUAAAUAAUAUUGACUUUUAAAAUCUCCAA